CGUUUUUAUUGCGUUUAAAAAAAACCCCUUUGUUUAUCAAUUUCUUUUUGGAUUGGGAUUAUCCAUAGCUUUAAGCUUUCCUCUUUUUUUUUUUGUUUUUCUCCUGUCAAAUUCCUUUUUUCGCCUCUUUUCUUCCCUAAAUUUUUUUGUCUCUAUUGCUUGGGCAUCCGAUUUGGUGGUGCGUAACUAAGUAACAACCGGGAGAGCAGGACUUUUUUUGUAAACGGCUACCACUUGUCCCUAUUUCCAGCAUUGUUUUCCUUUUUUUUUUUCUCUCUCUUCCCUUUUCUAUUUUCACUUUUUUUUUCCCUUAUUUCCCUUCGAUGGCAAUGUCCCUGGAUCAACAUGAUACCCUUACGCCUUGUUCAUUGACUCUGGAAGCUAUCCUAUCGAACCGAAAUUCGAUCGAGUUUAGGGAUUUCUCGGCAUAUCUUCAACAGACCUAUUGCCAUGAAAACUUAUCCUUCUGGCUAACGGUGCGAGACUAUGAAGAGAAUAGAGGUUCGAGGGAGCAAUGUCAUGAAAUCAUCAACAAGUAUAUCCACUCCCAUUCUCCGCAAGAAAUCAAUAUUCCCUGCGAAAUGCGUCAAGAGAUCCUCAACAAGGUCUUGAAGGAUGACACUGACCCUUCCAUUUUUCUUCAAGCUAUGGACGCUGUCACCGAAUUGAUGAGGGUUAAUUCAUUUAUUCCCUGGUUAAUGAUCUCGGGCUGUCCUCCACUGUCGCCGGCUCUGUCGUCAUUUUCAACCCCUCCAGCCAGCCCUUCUGGUUCGUUUUUCUCCUUUGCUAACCCAUUGACGAGAUUGAAACGUCAGUCACGUCUAAGCUUCUGUUCACUUGAUGAUGAUGUGGUUUCGAUGGACUGCAACGCUUCGGUGCGAGAAACCCAAUUUACACUCAAGGGCCGAAAACGGUCCUUUGUUAAAAAGGAUGCGAUUCAAAAUAUACCUAAUAUAUUCCCCUCAGCCGAUGAUCGUCCUUCGUGGGCGGUCUGGAAAAAGUUUCUACGAUAGAUUUUCAUUAUCCAACCUUUUUUUUUUGCUGCAUUCCUCCAUCUAGAUCUUUUCUUACUCUUUAAAUUCUGUAUAUAGAAACCUGACCAUACAAAAAGAGGCUAUCGCUUUGUAAAUCUCGUAAAACCUCUCCUGUUUGGCUGGAACCACCCACAACAGCAACCCCAAUAAAAAGACAUGUUUCUUUCUUCA